GGAACUAGGGAUAAUCUCUCGGGUUUCUUGAGAUGAAGUAGUUGAUAAAUAUGCAAGUCCUUGACCACCUGGAGGAUCCCUCCCCAGACCAAUGUGAGAGGUGGUUGUUAUGACAUUUGUGAUGUCAACCUGAGGAAGGAAACUGAGGCACAGCUUAAACAACAAAGAGUUUAUUUGAGCCAAUAUGAGUGACUGCAGUCUGGAAGGACACCUCCAAAUUACCUUGGGAAGUGCUCCAAGGUACAAACAGGGCUUCAGUAUUUUUAUAAUCGUAAAAAGGGAAGGCAAAAGGGGAGUGGCAAGAACAACUCCUUUAAUCAGGCUUUACAUUGGUUGUCUAGCAUGACAUGAGUUAGUGAUUGGUUAAUGGUUACAUCUUAUUCUUCAAACAAAUGUGAAAUUCAUAAGUAAGGGUCACAUCGUCCAUUUCAACAUUCUUUAGGUUAAUUUAUAGCUCCAUGAUCUGACACCAUGUUUGGACUAUAUGUCUAAAGUAAACUGUUUAGCAAUGUUCCAGGAUGUGGGGGGUGUGACUACUGCCACAUACCUGACCUGCCAGGGCCUUGAGAAUUUAGUUGACCUCAGUUAUUGAUGCUAGAGCAAUUUUCAAUUAAUCAGUAAUAAUAAUGGCUUCUUCUGUCUUUCCAGAUCUGGAAACAACAUGUACACAUCCAUCCCCCAGAGUGGCUCUCCAUUCCCAGCCUCAGUGAAUGAUCCCGGCCUCCAUGUGUGGCGGGUGGAGAAGUUGAAGCCAGUGCCCAUAGUCCGUGAGAACCAGGGCGUCUUCUUCUCCGGGGACUCCUAUCUGGUGCUGCACAAUGGCCCAGAAGAGCUCUCCCACCUGCAUCUGUGGAUAGGCCAGCAGUCAUCUCGGGAUGAGCAGGGGGCCUGCGCUGUGCUGGCCGUGCACCUCAACACGCUGCUGGGGGAGCGGCCUGUGCAGCACCGUGAGGUACAGGGCAAUGAGUCCGACCUUUUCAUGAGCUACUUCCCACAGGGCCUCAAGUACCAGGAAGGUGGUGUGGAGUCAGCAUUUCACAAGGCCUCCCCGGGAACCACCCCAGCUGCCAUCAAGAAACUUUACCAGGUGAAGGGAAAGAAGAACAUCCGCGCCACUGAGCGGGCGCUGAGCUGGGACAGCUUCAACACUGGGGACUGCUUCAUUCUGGACCUGGGCCAGAGCAUCUUCACCUGGUGUGGUGGAAAGUCCAACAUCCUGGAGCGCAAUAAGGCGAGGGACCUGGCCCUGGCCAUCCGGGACAGUGAGCGACAGGGCAAGGCCCAGGUGGAGAUUGUCACUGAUGGAGAGGAGCCUGCUGAGAUGAUCCAGGUCCUGGGCCCCAAGCCUGCUCUGAAGGAGGGCAACCCCGAGGAAGAUGUCACAGCUGACCAGACAAAUGCCCAGGCUGCGGCUCUGUAUAAGGUCUCCGAUGCCACUGGACAGAUGAACCUGACUAAGGUGGCCGACUCCAGCCCCUUUGCCCUCAACCUGCUGAUAUCUGAUGACUGCUUUGUGCUGGACAACGGGUCCUGUGGCAAGAUCUACAUCUGGAAGGGGCGAAAGGCUAACGAGAAGGAGCGUCAGGCGGCCCUCCAAGUGGCCGAGGACUUCAUCUCCCGCAUGCGGUACGCCCCGAACACUCAGGUGGAGAUUCUGCCCCAGGGCCGUGAGAGUCCCAUCUUCAAGCAAUUCUUCAAGGACUGGAAAUGAGGGAGGGCAUCUCCCUGCCCCCUACUCCUCUACCCCCUGCCAGCUUUUUCCUCCUCUGGCUGCCUGGGCAGUGCUGCCGUGCCCCUGCUGACAUUCAAUAAAGCAAACAAAUGCUCUCCCCAGGCUGUCCCUGC